CCAGAAAAUGAAGUACAAGUUGUAGUUGAUGACAGAAUUGAUAAGGGGAUGGAAUUUCCUGAAGAGGAAGUUUAAGAAAAAAGGGGAAUAUAAGGUGCAAGGAGCGGUUGCUGGAAGGAUUUAUGAAGUGACAAGCAUACAUAAUACGGUGUUCACUGUUGACCUUGAGAAACAUACUUGCAGUUGUAUGCAGUGGCAGUUAAGGUGUUUCCCCUGCCAACACUCGGUCUGUGCUUUACUGCAAAUCAGACCCAAUUGGGUUGAGUAUUGUGCUAGAUACUAUUCAGUGGAUAACUACAGGACCACGUAUGCCCCUGAUAUGGUACUAUUGGAAGGGCCUGAAGACUGGGAGGAGCCAAGAACAACUAUUGUUCCUCCGUUGCUCAUUAGGAAACCAGGCAGGCAUAUGAAGAACAGAAGAAAGGCCUAUAAUGAGACCCUAUCCGAGAAGAAAGUCAGGUGCUGCAGCAAAUGCAAGCUGCCUGGACACAACAAAACAACUUGUCCUGGUGGUGCAAUUGGUUCUAAUCCAAAGGAAAAGAGGUCUGGAUCUGAAGAAGGGGGACUGACGUUCCAAGCCCAAUCAUCAUCACAAGCUGGAAGUGUUGGUGGUUCUAUGCCUGCAACGAAGAAGCCAAGAAAAGCUUCGACUCAGCAGUAG